UGCCAGUCGCGCCGCGCUGCCCGGAGCUGUCAGCGCUGCCGCGGGCUCUGCGCUAAGCUGCGCCGUGCCGCGAUGGAGCGAGGGAACCGGGCCGCCGGGCGGGGGCGGGGGCGGGGGCUGCUGCGGCCGGCCGUGCAGUGCUGCUGAAUCGGCUGCUCCGAGGAGCCGCCGCGGGGAGGGCAGAGGCAGGCCGGCAGCCCAUGCUCCGCCGCCCGCCGCCGCCUGCCCGGGGGCUCUGGUGCUGCUCCUGCUGCCCCCAGCCAUGAGCCCUUCUGUUUUCCCCUGGUAAAGAUGGCGGUGGGCGAUCGCUGCAACCUUUAGACUCAUGACUGUCAGAAACAUCGCCUCCAUCUGUAAUAUGGUUCUUCAAGAGCAGUUACUUGCAGUCGCCAGCUUCCCUCCAUGUGGUGCCCCAGCAUACCCUUUGCUGGUGAUGUCACACCUACCAUUCAUCAGCACUGGAGAAUGGAGCCUACCUAUAGGGGCACCAAUGCCUCUGCUCUGGAAAAAGACAUUGGCCCAGAGCAGUUUCCAAUCAAUGAACAUUACUUUGGAUUGGUCAAUUUUGGGAACACCUGCUACUGUAACUCCGUGCUGCAGGCAUUGUAUUUUUGCCGGCCAUUUAGGGAGAAUGUGCUGGCAUACAAAGCCCAACAGAAAAAGAAGGAAAAUCUCUUGACUUGCCUGGCAGACCUUUUCCACAGUAUUGCCACUCAGAAGAAGAAAGUUGGAGUGAUUCCACCAAAAAAGUUCAUUUCAAGGUUACGAAAGGAGAAUGAUCUCUUUGACAACUACAUGCAGCAAGAUGCACACGAAUUUUUAAAUUACUUGCUAAACACCAUUGCAGACAUCCUACAGGAGGAGAAGAAGCAGGAAAAGCAAAAUGGAAAAUUAAAAAAUGGCAACAUGAAUGAAACUGAAGAGAACAAUAAACAAGAACUCACCUGGGUGCAUGAGAUUUUUCAGGGAACACUGACUAACGAAACUAGAUGUUUGAACUGUGAAACCGUUAGUAGCAAAGAUGAAGAUUUUCUUGACCUUUCUGUUGAUGUGGAGCAAAACACAUCAAUUACUCACUGUCUAAGGGAUUUCAGCAACACAGAAACAUUAUGUAGCGAACAGAAAUACUACUGUGAAACUUGCUGCAGUAAACAAGAGGCCCAGAAAAGGAUGAGAGUAAAAAAGCUUCCAAUGAUCCUUGCAUUGCACCUUAAGAGGUUCAAAUACAUGGAACAGCUACACAGAUAUACUAAGCUGUCUUACCGUGUGGUAUUUCCUCUGGAGCUGCGUCUCUUCAACACAUCUGGAGAUGCUAUCAACUUGGAUCGCAUGUAUGACUUGGUGGCUGUUGUUGUUCACUGUGGCAGUGGACCUAAUCGUGGUCAUUAUAUUACCAUUGUAAAAAGUCAUGGAUUUUGGCUUUUGUUUGAUGAUGACAUUGUAGAGAAAAUAGAUGCUCAAGCUAUUGAAGAAUUCUAUGGUCUGACCUCUGAUAUAUCAAAAAAUUCAGAAUCUGGUUAUAUUUUAUUCUAUCAGUCACGAGAAUGACUUGGAGAACUGUGAAAAUGCUGCAAGUGGAGAAACUGAUCAGCACUGUUAACUGACCACAUCUUAAUAGACUACAUCUUGUAUGGUUGAACAAUUACCUACCAUGUCUCCUACUAAAUAGUUGAUGUGUUUUUAACUAUAACCAUUCAAUUUGACAUGCAGCGCUUUGGGUUUCUUUAGUCUGACUCAAGAGUUAAUUGCAGUCAGAUCUUAGUAGAAUUUAUAUGGACUAAUAUUUACAGAUAACAGGAUUUGAGGUCAUCUGUUAAAUACAACUGAGCUGGAAUCACUUUUUCUAUGGAUGUGUGCAUUAUAUGUAGGGCAAAUUGUUUAAACUUUCUAAAUGGCUUUGAAGUGUCAAAUUAAAAAGCAUUCCUUUGAACAGAUACUAAAAUGUAGUUACCAGUGUUCAGUGUAGAAGGGAUUUUGUCACAUUACCUUCCACUGCUAGAAAGAUAUUCUUCCCAAAUCCUUUAAUCUUGGGUUAUUAAAACUUUAAAUGGGUAACCUCAAGACUAAAAUCCAUAUAAAGAGAUUUAAAUCACAGUGGAACAAAAUAAUACUAUGCACCUGGUCUUCUUUUUUUCAUGAAAUAGUACAGAUGAGGUGAUUGACAGUUUUUGAUUCCAAGGCCUAGAAAGGCGCUGAGUGUUUUGUGGGGAAAAGUGAGAGAGAAGUUCUUCUGUAUAUGACACAGCUGAGGUACUUGUAUAAAGAAUGAUCUUAUCUUUCUGCUAAAAGGAACAAUAUGAUGCUUUGUUUGCAUAGCUGAAUUUGCAGAUCUUCCAAUAUUGUUUGCACAAAACAUGUCUCAUAAAUCAGGGCUACAAUUUCACAACCUAGUUAAGUGAUGCUGCUGGCAUGGUCUAUAACAUUGAUCCCAUAGCAUGCUGAGUACCAACAGCUUCAGUUGGCAUCGGUGGGAUCUGUAGAUGCUUGACACCUGCUAGGAUGGGGACCAUGCUUUUACAAUUUAGAGCACCUUUAAAAUAAUAUAAUUAAUAAUUCAUACUUGUAGUGAUAGGUUAACUACAUGCAGCAUCAAUAGUUAUGUUUGUCAACAUCUUGAUCGCCAGGAUAUCUUAGACAGGUUCAGGUGAAAACAUGAUUUCAGAGCUAUCAAGAGGUAUUGUGUGACUGUUAAUUGUUUUGCAUUUUCAAAGCUGGCUGGAAGUCAUCAUGUUCUAGCUGUUAAAUCACUCUGCAAGUAAUACUAGAAAUACUUAGCUAGGAAGGAGGAAAGAUGGAGAUUUCAGUAGGGUCUGAGAAGGGAUUGAUGAUGUGUUAACCUUUUAUAUCAGAUAGCUGACCCAAAUCAAAGAAGGUCUCUACUGCUUCUGAGGCACUCUCAGGAGUGCUGCCAAAAGCCAUAUCCUACCCACCUGCUUUUGCUCUGCACAACAGCCUCAGAAAUGGGAGCAUCUCUCACCACUGUAAGACAAGAGAGCUCAGGAGUGCACUUGCAGUGGCUCCAUUGUCUCAUUUCUGGGUUUGGCACCUGCACAGCAGGAGUAGGUGGGUGGGUCAUGCUUCUCACUGGUGUUCCUGAGGAAACAAUGGAGACUUACCCUAAGGGUCAAAUCCUGUUCCCAGUGAAGUCAAUGGUAAAGCUCCCAUUAUCUUUAGAAGAAGGAUUUGGCCCUAUAGGAGAGUUCAGUACCCGUGGAAACUGUCAUCAUUUCACAGUAUUUACUUUGACUUAUUUUCACUUUGUAUGUAUGUAUGUAAAUAUGUAUGUAGUAGAAAUUCUUGUUCUUAGUAGUUUCUUUUGAGAUGGCUGACUGCAAUUUUAUGGCUGAAUCUUUUCUUUUUUUUUUUUUUAGAUAUAUUGUUUAAAAUACUGUUGAAUCUUGAAUCUCCAUUUCUUUUAUGAGAGUGAAAAACCUUCCUGGCAUUACACGACUACUGUGAAUGUGAAAUUAUUUUUUAUUACUUUAUAGUGAACAUGCAAUAUUAGCCUUUGAUAUAACAUGGUUUGAAGCUUAUUUGAAAUGAUCACUGGCCAUUUUGUAACAUAAGGAAACAGCACUUUACAGUGGAGGGGAAAAAAACAAACGUGGAUUUUUCAUCUGUAAAUGUGUAAACUAUUUCUCAUGCUGUUAGAGAGAGCAGACCCACAAUGCAGCCUUACGGCCUUUAUUUAUAUGGUAAUCCCAGUGUUCUAAUAGGAGCUCUCAUACAAGUAAAGAUUGGGAAAUUAGGUUAAAAAAGUUAUAGACACUUCUUUCUUUUAUUCACAAAGGGUGUAUCUACAUAAGACAUUUAUUAUGCAGUUGCCUAAUUAGCUCCACAGUAAAAUGUCAGUGGCUACAAGUGCAUUGGUAUUAGGGCAGAGUAAACUAGUUAACUCUGCCAUAGGAUAGUACUGCCUGAUACAAGUAUUAUCCUAUAAUGGAGUUAUUUACUCCUCUACAAUGCAUGUAUAGACACUGACAGGGCUGGCUGAGACAUGAGGGUGCUUCAGCAUUGGGCCUGCCUGUCAGUUAGCCCCACAGUGAAGCACCCUUCUACUCCAGCCAGCCCCUCCACAACAGGUUGAGUUGGGCCAGAGCAGCCCCAGGCUGGCAGGCUGACCCCUGGGACCCCCUGCCAGCUGGGGCUCAGCUACUCCAGCACAGCAUGCUGCAGUCUCAGGCACCUGUGCAAAUGGUGCGUCCAGGAGCAAUUAAUUCUGAUGUGAACUGUGCUGGAGUUUAUUCAGGCGCACUAAUUGCAUGUAUACAUGUGCCCAGUGAGAUACAAAUGUCUAUCUUUCAACAAAGAAGACAAAUACUAGUUUUGGGUUGGCCUAAUAAAGCUUGUUAGUUGUCUUUGAAGUCAAUGAGAUCCUUCUCCAUUGAUGUCCAUGGAGUUGCAUUAGUUGCUGAAGUGAGUAAAACUGUCUUCUGUAAUGGAAUUUUAAUGAACAUUCAUAUCUUUCUGUAUAAUUAAUAUAUCUACAACUUGCCUGGUGAUUGAGACUAUACUCUAGUUGUGAAUAAAUGCACUUUCUAAAUCAAAGUUAACUAGUAAGACACAUGUUCUGUACUUUGCAAUUUUCUCACAAACGCGUUCUAGCAGCUUUGUUAAACUUUAAAAUAUACCACCACCACCAAUGUAUAACUUGAAUAUUUAGGGUUCAUGUAUGUAUGAAAAACAGUUUUGCAUUUAGAGAUGAUUUAAAGUGGAGCUAAAUUUUGGGAAAUGCUUUAGAUAUUUGGAUUUACUUUACUGAAAAAUAUUUUUAUUUAGUUAAAUUCUGAAUACUGAAGCAAUAUUUACAAAAUAAAAUCUAGGAUUCUACAUCUGCUAAUUUUUUAAUUUCUCUGGAUACAAGACAAGACUAAUGGUGGAUAAUAAAUAUAGAUAGUUACAGUAUGCUAGUUGACAGUAACAUUAUUAUGAUAGGAUUUUUCACAUUUUAUGAAAAAUGAAUAAAACAAAGUGUCUAUCAACAUUUUUGUGAUACAUUAGUAGAGACCCAAAGGAUUUUUAUGAACAUGCUGCAGGGAUGUUAAAUCAGAAAGUUUAUGUUAGCUCAAGAAAAGAUUUAAAACUUUGAUACAAGUCCAAAAAUCAAUAGCCUGACAUCAGCCUUGUAAAGACUGUAAAGUACAGGAUGCUGAUACUAAUUUUGUUUUAGCACCAGUUAAAACAGGGAAUCCUUGUUUUGACUGGUGAUUAUAAAAUCAUAACUUCAUUUUUUUUUUAUUAUCCUUGGUUCAAAACUAGUCCUACAAGACACCAAAACACCUUGAUCCUGGCUUGCUUAACCAUGCGCUAUUUUAGGCAGAUGUCAGUGGAAACACUGCUUGGUUUAAGUCAAGCACAUUCUUAAGUGUUUUGCUGGAUGGAGGCCAAGAUACUCAGCUGCUAAUAAAUGCAUAAUGCCUUUUCCACAUGUUUUUAUAUACAUAAUUCCAACCCAUCAGGAAAGACUUGAAAAAAUCUGGGACAAUCAAAGCUUUUCUAGCCAACAACUGAGGAGAGUGGGGAUAAAAGAGAAAUUGUAGCACAGAUGUUCAACAACAUUUUGUGCUCCUAUGCAGUGUCAGUUCUUAGUGUAUUGAGCUUUGCCUAGAUUAAGUCAAAAGAUAACUGAAGUUCAUUAUUUGUGUCACAUGCCAUUGCAUGAGAUCCAUUUUCUGUGUAACACUUUUCUUGUUAGUUGUAUAUUAAUAUGUGUUAUUGCAAUGUUCUUAUUUAUAGGAAAGAACACUUUUGGUUCUAUUCCACUAAGCCUAAGGAAGCUUUUUAGUACACUCUGUAAUCAGUUAUCAUAGAGGGUAAGCUCAAAACUGAACUUUUAUAUGUCAUAGAAUAAGCUGUCAGUAUUUUAUUUCUGGAGAAUAGUAGUUGGCAAUAGAAGAAGGGCUUAGAGAAGAAGUAGGUUAAUGAAAGCAGGAUAUUUAGCUGAAAAUAAAACACCCACAACCAUCCCAGCCACCCAUGCCAUUUCAAUGGAUUUCAAGUGUAUUUCAAUAAAAUAACAUUUUCAAGUCUGAUUCCUUUAGCAGCUGCAGCAAGAAAAAGCAACAAGUGUCUCUUAUGCACUGAAUUCAGUAAAGACAGUAACAUGUCUACACAGUGCUGGAGCAUGUUUGGGAGCACUGCUCUGAAAAUGCCCCACCAACUUGCUCUUGUUCUGUAUGUACCACAUGUUGAAAAAAAUUGCAUAGCUGCUACUAGAAUAGAGCACACCUAAAAUUCAGAGUGGCUCUAGGUUAACCCUAAGCAUGUGUCAGAAAGCAGCUACAUGCUAGUUUUUAGCUGUAUGUAUGCACGGAGUAGAACUGAGUGGGUGGGGCAUGUUUUCAUGGCAGUAUUCCCUAGCAUCUUCUUACCUGGUGCAGGCAUACCUGAACUAAAACGUAACUGGAAUUUCUGUUAUAUAUUAUAAUAGGUUCUAGCAUUUGACUACAUGUGGCUUUUGUCCUCAGAGAUUGCAUUGCAUUGCAUUGCAUUCUCAUUUGUAUUCAUGUUACAGUAUUGUGUGUUUGGGGCCUGAUCCUGAGAGCUGCUGAAAACUUGCACCUCCCAAUUAUUCAGCACUUCUCAGCAACAGGCUCUUAAUGCCUGGUGUCUUGUUUGCUGUUUUGUGGCCAAAGAGUUUGGGCACUAUCUUUUAUAAUUUAUGCGUUUAGAAGUUUUAAGGAUUUUUGUCUUUAUACCUGCUAUAUUCUAGUAUCUUUUGUCAGUGUAAUUUUUUAAUUUAUUUGCUUUUUUAUUUCUCUGUAACCAUGCUAUUUACUUUAUUUCUAUAAUAAUUUGUGUAGCUAAUAUUAUUUAGCCUUAUGUUUUAAUUGAUAUGUACUUUGAUUUUUAAUGUAAUCAACCCAAGCACUUUAAGCAAUAAUGUCAAUCUUGUGAAACUUCAAUCAAACACUUUGCCUUUGCCUCUGAAAUAAAGUUUGUAAAAAAAAUUCUCUAUCUAGAGAAUUGUCUGUGAAAUAUAGCACACAGUAACAUUUGAGUUGUACGUCUGUGAUUCUCCUAGUGAGUCAAAAGAUGGUUUCAAGUCUAGAAUCAAAAUGUGAAUAAUACACGGUAUGAAUUUAUGUAUAAAAUAAGUAUUGAUUAUGCUUAAUACACACAUAUUAGAAGUAUUACUCACAUUUAGCUUUUAAACUUAAAGUCAGUCUUUAGACUGAUCAUAUGUUCGGUGGUAGAAUCAAUCAAAUUAUAUUUCCCCCCCACAUCUGCCAAUCCAUAAGGGACUGAAUAUUCCAGACAGCUACAAAUAGCCACCAUUUAAAAAAUCAACUCCACAGAAAUGUUUACUUAUUUUUCCCAUAUACAUUAAUACCUUUCCUCCCAAGUUACACUUGCCACUCUUCUCCCCCUAUCUACCUAAAAAUUACUUGAUCAUAUGUAUAAUGGCUCCGGGUUGCCAUUGUAUCUGAGCACCUGGCAGUUUUUAAUGUUUUAAGCUAAGGAACUACAACUGUCAUUGUCCCUUGUACUUGGCAGUGGUUCUGUCCUCUGCACAUUCCUCCCCAAGCCGUCUGUACACACAGAGACAAGAGAUAACUGGGUAAGAGAAGUCUUGUGGUAAAAGAUUGUCAAAGACACGACAUUUUUUUUAGGUCAGUGUCCAUGCUAUCUUUGGAUUAGUAUAACACGCCCUACAUACCAUGCCAAUAAAGCUCUUUCUUCUUGUCUGAGCAUAUGUCCAUUGUUUAUAAUAUUGCUUAGAACAAUCUUAGUACCAUUUUGGAUAAUGUCCUUUGUUUUUGGGCAGUGAAAAGACCAUAAUGUCUCUCAUUUAUAACAGCUUCAACUACAUACUGGUAUUUUUCUUCAUGAUUUAACAUAGCACCUAACUUCUAAAUGUUGCUGAAGAAGCUCUGACAGAUAGCCUUUUAAAUUUUCUUCCAGUUAACACACAGUACUUCAAAGAAAUAAUUUGAGUUAUUUCUGGAUACAGGAACCUAUUAGAUUAACAUACCACCUUUGCAUACAAGGUCAGGAUACUUGUCAGAAGGCAUUCACCCUCCUGUUGUGGCCAUCUGGGCUAAUCCUAAGUGUUUUUUACACAUUAAUGAUUCUUUUCCCCCAGGAGGUUUGCUUACUGGAUUUGUCUGAGCAAUUAGAUCUGAGACCAAACAUAUUUCCCUUUAUUCACAGUCUUAGAGUUACUAUCAUUCUUUGGGAUUUUUGGUUGUAGCUGUGUUGGUCUAAGGACAUAGGCUGACAAGGUUCUUUGGGUAAAUGUGAUAUCUUUUAUUAGACCAACUAAAUAGUUGGAAAAAUUGUUCUUUGCAAGUUUUCGGGCACAAGCACCCUUCUUCAGGCAUAGGGUGAGUCUGUUGGUGUCUGUGUGCUCUCCUGAGUAGAACAGAAACCAAAUCGCAAUAUGCAGGUCUGUGAAAAUGCAAUUACGUGGCAGUGAUGAUCUGAGGGUUCCACUAUAACCAGCCUGCCAUCCGAUAACCCCAAGUAACCUGUCUGCAUUUUACUAGCUAUAUUCUGUCACCAGUUCUACAGUCCUCCUUCCCUCCCCCCCAACCUGUCUCACACCUAUUGUCUCCCAAUCCCUCAGAUCCUCACUGUCACAUAUUUGCAUGUUCACAGACCUGCAUUUUGCAAUUUGGCUUCUAUUUUACCUUGCGGCAGAACUCACCAACCGGGAAGCAGCCGCACUGCUCCCAGAAGCGGCCACAGUGCUUCUGGAAGUGGCCGCAGCGCUACAUCCAGCGCUCCCACUCACUGGCCAGUGCUCGCAGGGUGGGCACUGGCGCUUCUGCCUGCCCCCCCUGCCCAGCACCUAAGUGGGGAGUGCGGCUGGUCAGGGGGUGUGCCAGCUCUGUCAGGGAGUGCACGUGCACCCCUGUGCACCCCCUACACAUGGCCACUGCCCCUUGGGCUAUAGAGCUAUGUAAAAUCAGGGUCUGCAGCCACAGCUUGAGCCAACCAGCUGGUGAGCUCAGAGCUCAAGGACCUGCCCCUGUGGAUAUCUGGAUAUAAAGCCCGUUUUCCUCCACAACACCAUUCAGAUUGUGGGGGGAGGCAACUUCAGUCUGAUUUUGAAGUAGUGAAUAUAAGAAUUAUUUAUUGUAGCACUAUGAGUGCAAUAAAUAAUAUAAAAAUUUUAAAAAAGGGAAACUUGCCAAGCUGCUGCUGAAAAUUGAGGUAAUAUUUGGAACAUCUGCAUGAGGGGACACAUUUAGGUAUUCUGUCUCAUGAUUCAUUAUAAAAUUCAGCAGCUCAAACUCAAAGAAAACCAUUUUUCAGCAUUAAACAUUUCUAGAGUGUAAGAAGUCCUUUUUUAUAACCAGGAGGGGUCUUUACAGGAUAUGUUUAAUAAUGGCCAUUUUUUCCUUUAUCUGUUUCACCCAUAUAAAUUUUUCAUGCUGAUUCAAGACUGAUCAUGCUUUCUUUUGUUAUGCUUUGUGAUUGCCUUCAUGUCAUUAAUUCCAGUAUUAGAGGUAUUAGUUGUGGAAUGGUCAGUUUGACCGAAGACAAGAAAACAGAAGGUUUUAACUGUGUUCCUUGUUUCUGGUUCUUUUCUUUCCUAAGGGAUGCAGUCAAAAUAAGCUAUUUCAAUAAUUUCCAUGCACAAUAUCCACUUUGGUAUCUAAGUUAUGAAUGGAGCAAGAAAUGUUAAUAUUAUUAACAUUGAUUUAUGAUCCAGCUUUAAAAUACUGAGCAAGGUGAAAUAUUACAUAUGUGUAUGUUAUCUACUGAGCAUACAGUAUACAAAAAUACAGUUAUGAUCUGUAUUUAUAUGUAACAGUCAUGUUUUAUAGUUGUUUUUACAUGUAUUUAAAACCUACAACAUCCACAGAACUGUAAUGCAUAUCUAUGUUUGAUAUCAAAGGAGUAACCAAGAAAACAAUCUUUUUUCCUGUGUUAACAUGUUUACAUUGUAAAUAAAAUGAAUUCCCUCAACCAA